CUGCAGCAUCAAACUCAUCGUUACAGAUCUCUUUCUCUACUCUGUAUCUCUGUGUCUUCGUAAUGAUUAACAAUGGCUACUAAGCUACCUUCAACACUAUUAACAUGGUUAGUGCUCUCGACUUGUUCACUCAUUUUCUUCUACUCGAAACUACUCCCUCUAUACCCAUCUUCAAAACCCUCAAAGAUCCCAUUAUCACCACCCCCAACACCCUGUAACCUAUUCUCCGGAAAAUGGGUAAUUGACCCCCGUCGACGACCUCUCUACGACGAUACCUGUCCUUUCCACAGAAACGCAUGGAACUGUAUUAGAAACCAGAGAGAUAACAUGAACCGGAUCAAUUCAUGGAAAUGGGUACCCGAGGAAUGCGAGCUUCAUGAAAUUGAUCCGUUUGAGUUCAUGACUUUGAUGAGGGAUAAGCGAAUUGGGUUUAUUGGGGAUUCUUUGAAUGAGAAUUUCUUGGUGAGUUUAUUGUGUAUACUUAGGGUUGCUGAUAUGGAUGCUAAGAAAUGGAAGAGGAAAGGGGCUUGGAGAGGAGCUUAUUUCCCUAAAUUCAAUGUCACUAUUGCAUAUCAUCGUGCAGUUUUGUUAGCAAAAUACGAUCAGGAGAUCAAUGGAGUCAAGGGUGCACAUCGUGUUGAUGUUGAUAUUCCAGCAAAAGAAUGGGCAGAAAUCGGUGGUUUCUAUGAUGUUCUUGUUUUCAACACUGGACACUGGUGGGGAUAUGACAAGUUUCCAAAAGAGUCUCCUCUUGCUUUUUACAAAAGAGGGAAGCCAAUAAUUCCUGCUCCAAAUAUGUAUGAAGGGCUUGAAAUUGUACUCAAGAACAUGGUUGUUUAUAUAGAAAAAGAAUUCCCAAAAACACUCAAGUUUUGGAGACUACAAUCACCUAGACACUUCCAUGGUGGUGAUUGGAAUCAAAAUGGAAGUUGCUUAUUUGAUGAUCCCCUUAAGAAAUUCGAGGUUGACUUGUGGUUUGAUCCCAGAAACAAUGGAGUAAACAAAGAAGCAAGAUUAAUCAAUGAGUUGAUUAUAAAAGCACUUGAAGAAACAAGUAUUGAACUACUUGACUUGACUCAUUUAAGUGAGUUUAGGGCAGAUGCUCAUCCAGCCACGUGGCUAGGAAAGAAGGAUGCAGUGUCAGUGUGGGGACAGGACUGCAUGCAUUGGUGCCUGCCAGGUGUCCCUGACACUUGGGUCAAUGUGUUGUGGCAACUUAUGAAGAAUAGGAUAGGGAGAAGAUGAUGAUUUUGUGUAAUCAAUUGUUGAUAAUGUCAAAAUGAAGAUUGAAGAAAGAGUUGAUAGUGAGAUUUGGUGAUGGGAUUUUGGUGGUUGAUUAUGGGGGUAUUGUGUAAUUGUAGGUUAGAUGAUUUAUAAUUUUAUAUAUAGAUUCAUUAUAUUUGUUGGAUGAAAGUUGAGUUUUGAAAGGAUG